GCUUCCAUCUGUUGACAAGGUUUAUGGAGAUGCUGAUUUCAUUUUGCAGUAGGACUUCAGCGCCUGGCCACAGGGCCAAAACCACUUCCAUAUGGCUUGUGGACCAUGAUAUUACUGUGCUUGAUUGACCAGCCAACUCACCUGACCUGAUCCUCACAGAGACUCUAUGGGGUAUUGUGAAGAGGAAGAUAAUUAACAUCUGAUAAACAUUACAGAGGAGCCUCAGCAGUGCCACAAACUGAUUGCCUCCCAUGCCGCAUUGAAGCAGUAAUUCAUGCCAAAGGAGCUCCAAACAUUAUUUUCCAAGUAGCGUGUCAACAGUAGAGUUCACUGAGUUUGACUGAAGCCACAAAAUUUGAUUUUGGCUAUUCAUUUCUUGGUGUGUGAACUGCAAACUUUCCACAGAACUGUCACAACUUCAUCCUUGAUGACUAGUUAAACAUUAAGAGCUGUGACAGAUAUGAAAACCCUGCUGCUUCUGAUCAUGAUCCAUGAAGUGGAUAUCAAAGUUGAGACACAAAAUAAUCACACAAGAUUAGAGACCAGCACCCUGCUACCUUUACAGAAUCCAGCAUGUCAGUUUACAAAUAACUUUUGUUGCAAAGAAACGGACAAUGUCAGAGUUAUUUGCCCCUCAGAGAAUCAGAAAGAUUCAUUACCACCAAACUUUCCAAGUAUUACCAAUGAUUUCCCUGAAACUCUAGGAAAUGAAACGGCCCUGGAUAUCAUCAACAGAUUGGAGAAAGAAGCCAUACACAACAUUAUGGAAAAGACAAAUUAUUCCACUGACUACAAUUUUGGGGGUCUAAAUUUGACUGUGGUUGUGAUGAACUUAACAAAUAUUCUUGUUCCAGUCACCGUUCCAAAAGUGUCUAAUACAGCUCCAACAAAACAGAUAUUAAACCCAGUGGAGGCUUACCGUUUUUACUAUUUCAAACUGCAGUUUCAUGUGUCUGAUCAAUCUCCAUCAGUACAAACAUUGAUCCCAGUGGAAGCUUUCCAAAAUAUCUCUGAGGCCGUGCAGAAAGUUGGAAUAGUCAUUUACAAUUCCAUUCAGCAGUUUAAUACAAAAAAUUAUUCUAUCAUGUCCAAAGUCAUACGGGUUGAAGUUAUUGGACGUGACAUUGUGAAUUUGACCAAUCCACUUAUAAUACAUUUUCCAGUCAAUAACUACACAAACCACUCAGCCAAAAGCUACAAAUAUUCCUGUCAAUACUAUGAUGAACACGGAAGUAACACCUGGAAGACGGAUGGCUGUAACACCACUCAGAUCAGUGUAGAUGUUGUUGAGUGCUCCUGUGACCAUAUGACUGCUUUCGCUGUUCUUCUGGUUGAGGUGAAUAACAUUGAUGGACAGCAUUGGGAAAUCUUAUCGUACAUCAGCUAUGUAGGAUGCGGUCUGUCUGCGUUCUUUUCUGCCUGUACUGUCUUGUUGUUUAUUUUCAGCAGUAACGCGAGGGCAGAAGUGUCCAACAGCAUCCACGUGUCUCUGAGCGCUGCUCUGUUUCUCCUCAACCUGAGCUUCAUGUUCAGCGAGUGGGCCGCCACACUGACAGUGAAUGAAGUGUGUGUGUUUAUUGCUGUGAUGAUACACUACAGCCUGCUGUGCUCUUUCACCUGGAUGGCUAUCGAAGCCAUGCACCUCUACCUUCUUCUCAUCAGAGUGUUCAACAUUAACAUCAGACACUACAUGGUCAAGUUGUCCCUGAUCGGAUGGGGAGUCCCUGCUGUUCUUGUUGGAAGUUUGAUGUCGGUUCAGCAACUCACACAUACAUUCUAUGGUGCCAGAAAUGUGACCUUAUUAAAUUCGAAGGCAACAAAUCCAGUUUGCUGGAUCACAGAGCCUCUCAUCCUGUAUGGCGUGAACCUUUCCUACUUCACCAUCAUAUUUGUGUUCAACACAGUGGUUCUAAUCACAGUGUCCAGGCAGAUCUUUAAGCUAAGGAAAUUGGACAACAAGAAUAAGAAAAUACCAGUGAAGGAUGCCAGCACAGUUCUGGGCCUCAUGUGUCUGCUGGGUACAUCAUGGGGUUUGGUUUUUCUUGGCUAUGGAUAUACCAGCUACCCAAUACUCUACAUAUUCUGCAUUUCAAAUACAGUUCAAGGGUUUUCUAUCUUUCUGUGGAUGUGUCGGACAGCAAGGCCAGAAAAACAGAAAGAAGCUCAUUCCAAGUCUUUAUCCACUUUGGAUACCUUCAUCAUUGAAAAACAAUAGGAAUAACCUAUGCAUAACAUUUUAUCAACCAAAAUGACCAAAGCUCAUGACCAAAAUGAAAUAUGGUAGAAACAUUUUAGGUUCUACGGUUUUAACUUGAUUUACAUUUAAAUACCAUAAUUUAAUUAACUGAUAUAAUGUUAAUAUACCAACCUAUUGAACUACUGAAAUCUGUUUUGUAUCUUUGUAAUACACUGAUAACCACAAUAUGCAGGUGGUGAAAAGAAAAGCACACGAUGAACCGAAGCCCAUCACAAGCAGCUUAUAAAUAAUAACAUUUAAAGAAGGUGCACAGUGUAAUUCACACAGACACUAAACACCAUCAUGGUAACAAACAACCCUAAUAAUGCACAAGUACGCUCCAGUCUACAUGCUCGCUCUGUGGCUUUUAAAUCUGGGCGCUCUGAAGCAUGCAAAAAAUCAAGAUAUGAUGUUUGCAAAAGCAUUAAAUCUGCCAAAGCAUCCUACUUUCAACUUACUAUCCUCCUCAUGACAGACAGUAAAUGGACAGUAAAUACAAAGAAACUAGUAAGUAAGGCCAAUCAAAGAAUGUACUUCCAUCAGAAGGCUAAGAAAAUAUGGCAUGUCAUCACAGAUUCUCCAUAACUUCUACAGAAGCACUCUGGAGAGUGUGUUAACUUGCUGCAUUGCUGUGUGGUUUGGCAACAGCACAACACAGCAUAGAAAGUCUUUACAGAGGGUGAUAAAUCUUGCCUGGAGAAUCACAGGAAUUCAUCUCCCCUCACUACAGGACAUACACAAAAAAAGGGAUCUGCAAAUGGGCUUGCAGCAUCAUCAAGGACACACAUGAAGUCUGGCAAGUGGUACGAGAGCACUGUGGCCAGAACAUCCAGACUCCAGUUUAAUCCCCCAGGUCAUUAGACUGAUAAAUAGUCAAAACCCACUUCCACUUCCACCUGUAUCAUCAGGAUAAACUCAGCCUGUUUAAUGGCACUCUGCACUUUACCUGCUGGACCUUCAUACACUCAUAAGGCAUACACUCUUUACACUUUACACUUUAUCACCACUUGACAAUUUACAAUUUGUCACUUUAUUGCUACUUGCACUGCACAUUUAUUCUGUGAAGAAUUUUUUGUUGACAGUUUUUUUUUAAUUAGCAUACAGUCCUCUUUUCUUUUCUUUCUCUUUCAUCACUCUCUAAGCUAUUAUUUAUAUGUUUAUUUUACUGUAUUUUCUAUAUUUUUUACAUACUUUGUAUUGCCUGUGUAAGUUAUAUUUGUUCCCAUUAUACCCUGUAAAUCCAUUAUGACCCAUGUCAUUUAGAGGAGUAUGCAAAGGAAGAAUCUUAAUAUACAAAACUGAUAAGAAAAAAAAAAUCUAAGAAAGAAACAUGGUUAUUUAUUUUUCCACUUACAAAAAUGGUAUUCUUCCUUAUAAUUACAAUGUAUUUUCCAAUACAUUUUUUCACCGUAUAUAGUAGGGGAAUUUACCGUAAAAAAUUUAACAGAUUUUUACUGUAGCAUUUUUGAUAAAAUAGGGUGUAUCAGGUGUUCCAUUUCAAGUGGAAAGCCAUUUGUAUUGGUUUCUGAAACUGGAGUGCUCAUUCAAUACCAAAACGCACCACAAUAACAAGUGUACCACUGAUAUACACUCAAUGGCUAGAGAAUACCUGUAAUGCAUUGGGAAAGCCCCAAAACAUUUCACUCAAACUAAAACAUCCAAAUAAUUUGCAUAUUAUAUACUACAUACUACAUAUUUACUCAUCAGACUAAUGUUGGAAUUACGGGGAGAUUUUGGAUACUUUGCCAUUAUUUCCUUUGUUCCAAAUCUGUGUGACUGACUUUCUUCUGCAGAACUCAAAUGAUAUUAUUUUUUGAACAAUUAUCAGACAACUUUUUUUGUCAAUACAAUAUAAAAAUGAGUGGAGUUCAAAAAUAACAUUUCAGUCUUGAACUUUAGAGACUUUCACUACAUUUAUGUGCAAUGCUAAGUAUUUUCUUCAUGCUAUUUAUAGUAAAUAAUAAGACAGGUAAUGUGUAACCUACCUAUUUUCUGUACUGUAUAUUUAUUUAAAUUGCAUGUUUCAUUGAGUGUUUAAUUUAAAAUUAUUUGUU